UGUAGCCUCGCCUGCGAGAGGAAUUUGUUCCAGCUCCGUCCUCAAUUUCCACCCCCAGCUUACUUGUCCAUUCGAAGCAGACGCCACCCUUCGAAAGCACCGAAGGAAUCGAUCAUAUCUUCACAAUGGCUUCCUCCGGCACUGCGUCUCCAAUAAUCAGAGGCCCAAGCCAACAGCUUGGCCCGACGUACAGAGCUGCAGAGCAGAAGCCAACGGCGACGGUUUCGACAGUGCCAAAGAUCAACAGUCUGCAUAUUUUGCCUCAGACGCCGCAACUUAUUGCACUUCUCACGAUGCUCCGAGACGUCAACACAGGGCGUGCAGACUUCAUCUUCCACUCGAACAGGAUUAGUCGACUAUUGGUCGAAGAAGCUCUCAAUCAUUUGCCAGUCCUGCCCCACGCUGUCACGACUCCAGUGCAAGACCGCACAUAUGAUGGUGUCAAAUUCGAGGGUAAAAUCUGUGGUGUUUCGAUCAUGCGCGCAGGCGAAGCCAUGGAGCAAGCGCUUCGCGAAUGCUGUAGAUCCGUCCGCAUCGGAAAGAUUCUUAUUCAGCGUGACGAGGAGACUUCCAAGCCCCGCUUGUUCUACGACAAGCUGCCAGAGGACAUCAAGGAUCGAUGGGUCCUCCUUCUUGAUCCAAUGCUGGCCACCGGAGGCAGUGCGCUGAUGGCUGUCGAUGUCUUGCUGAGCAAAGGUGUACCUGAGGAGAGGAUCCUCUUCCUCAACCUCAUCGCCAGCCCGGAAGGUGCCAAGAAUUUUGCGGACAAGUACCCGAAGCUCAGGGUUGUCACUGCUUUCGUUGAUCAAGGGUUGAAUGAGAAGAACUACAUUGUGCCAGGUCUCGGUGACUUCGGUGACAGGUUCUACACUCUGUAGCGCGCGGAUGGUCUUGAGUCCCGUCAACGAGGCUUCCAUUUUGAACGAAGCACGGCUCAAGCUCCACUCUCAUAUGGUGUCUGUGCAAAUCCUUCUCACGUCUUCUCAUUUUUCGAUUUGGUGCACGCCUGAUGGUACUCUUUUUGUCGAAUAUGAGUCGUCAAACCUAGCUUGUAGUCGAUGACUGCGAAAGUCAUCAUGCUGGAAACCGAUCUGGUGUUCGCACUAGGAACAAAUCUUCUUGAAUUGAUUGUUCAAUCCCUUUGACUGCAAAGGCAAGGACCAAGCAACGACUUCGGUCCAUUCUGCCCGAGCACGAAUGCAUUAAUACUGCCGGCGCAGUAUGCCGAGAAACAUAUGGCCGAGCCCCUGCAAAGCCUGCGGCCGUUUGAUCCGUCUGCAUCGCUAUUUGUCAUUGUUAGGACUCUAGUCCUUCUCUCAUCAUUGGUUGUGUUUCUCUCUCAGAGGAGUGCGUUGAUACAGGAGCAAUCAAAGUAUGGUCAAAGGCGCGGUGUAUCUCUGAUGCCUGAUCAGGACGAGUCCUUGCUUGAACACGGAUCACUAAGGAAUGCUC